AAAGAUGACAGCUCCACAAAACCACACCCGUGCAGCGCAGAAGCAACAUCGUUUUUUGGUGUUGUUUGACUUUGAUGAGACCAUCAUCAAUGAGAGCAGUGAUGACGCUGUGGUGCGGGCUCUACCAAGCCAACAACUGCCCGACUGGCUGAGAAACAGCUUCAGGGAGGGGCACUACAAUGAGCACAUGCAGAAGGUCUUGGCUUACAUGGCGGAGCAGGGCGUGUCUAAGGACUCCAUCCACUCAGCGGUGGAGAAGAUCCCACCCUCACCUGGCCUCCUCAACCUCUUCCAGUACCUGCAGAGCCACCAGCAGGACUUUGAGCUGGCGGUGGUCUCUGACGCCAACAUGUACUUCAUCGAGACGUGGCUGGAGCGCGCUGGGGUGCGUCACCUUUUCCGGAAGAUUUUCACAAACCCGGCAAGUUUUGAUGCAACCGGUCGUCUUGUGCUGCUCCCUUUCCACUCCCACUCGUGCUCCAGAUGUCCUGACAACAUGUGCAAGCAGGUGAUCCUUCGGGAGUAUCUGGCGGUCCGACAAAAGGAGCGUGGAGGUGAUCCCUUUCAGAGGGUAUUCUAUGUCGGAGACGGGGCCAAUGAUAUCUGUCCCUCUCUGGCUCUGGGGCCCCGGGACACAGCCUUCCCCAGGAGGGACUUCCCCAUGCACAUGCUGCUGCUGGGGAUGCAGCAGUCGCAGGCAACCAAGUUCAAGGCAAAUGUAGUCCCCUGGGUCAGCGGUGAGGACAUAGUGGACAGCCUGAAGAAAGUAAUGGAGGAGAGAUGAAA